GCAAAUUAAACUGCGCAGAUAAUACACUUAGAAGGAAAAAUGAAUCCGACGUUCGUGGAGGGGUUGCUCAUCUUCGCGUGCCUGUGGUCCCCAACGGCAGCAUGCAGAGGAGGAGCACUUUGUAACAAUCCGGCGGCGUGCCCGGGCUACCCCUAUAUCAGGUUCCAGGGAGCCAUGCUUACCUGCAAGCGCAGGUGCUACCCCGACCAAUCGACAUCAUGCUUCGUUAACGUGUGGCAACGUGAGCCUUGCCUUAUUUUUGAUGAAGCUAAGUUAGGAAAGUGCUACGGAGGAGUAUGUUAUGCCCCAGAAAAGUAUGACGAACUGGCCGCGAAAAAAGCGCCCAACACCAGGAGGCAGUGCCGGCAUGGACACGAUUACUUGUAUAACGACCGUGGAGCUUUUGGCUGCCACUUUUACUGCUCUGAAAAACCUCACAGAAUCGCUAAUCGUACUGACGGCUACCCUUGCUUGAGACCGGACACUGCAAUCAGAGGCAUAUGCUAUGGGAUUGGCUGCACGAAUGGCUACCCCUACCAGCCCGCAGCCUGACUGGGGACCAAGACUCAAAAUGAUAAUUCAAUGCUGAGAAUGAUGUUCUUCCGAACUAUAAAACGCAACAUUGUCCCCAGAA